AUGGAGAAAGGGAUGGGCAUUCUGCAUGUUUUGAGGCACCAUGCAUUGGCAUUUGAGCAGCAGGAUAGACAGGAGCUGGGGGAGGGACAGGGGCAGGAGGAGGGUGAUAGCCACCAAAUCCUGGAGGAUAGACAGGGGCAGGGGCAGGAGCAGGAGCAGGAAAAUAGCCAAAGCCUGGAGGAUAGACAGGGGCAGGAGCAGGAGCAGGAGGAAAACAGCCAAAGCCUGGAGCAGGUGGGGGUGGUGCAUAUGAGGAAUAUUCUGAAUAAGAUAUGUCAGCAACGGUCGAAGUUUUCAAUCAAAAUACACAUACCAUAUGGGGAGCAUCUGGUGCUACAGGGGCAGGAUCAUUUUGCGGUAGACAUUGUGCAGGAGGCGAGCCAAGGUUACGUUGAUUUCUCUCAGCACGACGUGCAGCAGACUGAGCUCGUUGAGGGGAAGUAG